AUGGGUCUUAAUCAAAAUUACCAAAAAUUGAAAAAAUAAUCAAAAAAGUUUAAAAUGAAUCAUUCUGUGUAAUCAAUGAUAAUUAAUAAUAACAAAAAUAACCUAAUCAAUAAAAUUUCUAAACUAAUAGUAAAAUUAACAAUAAUUAUAAAAACAACCUUAACUUUAAAUAAAUAAAAUAGUAUCAAGAUGUAAGUCAAACGAGAUUAAAAUUAGAAAAAAGCUCGAAAGAUGAUAAAGAUAAUUAGGAUAAAAUUAUGGGAUAAUAUAUAGAUAUAUUAUAUUAAUUCGAUAGAGUUAAGUAUUUAACCAUUAUUAUCGCCAGAAUAAUGUGUCUAUUAUAUUUUAUAAAGUAUGAUUUUAGAAUGUCUUGUAUUUAUAGUAUCAAGAAAGUGUAUUUGAUUUUUAGAUGGAAAACAAAAAAAAGAUAAGCAGAAUUUAAGAAACCUUAUUACAUUUACUUAAAAAGUAAUAAGGGAAAUAAAGAUUAUGA